AUGUGUAUAGGGAGAAAUAUGCAUACUCACGAAUUAAAACUAUCCGUUACAUUGGAACAGCUGCAGUUUGUCUCGUACACAGCGAUGAAAAUUGUCUACCCUUUCAUCAUAAUCCACAGUAUUGAUGGUAUGCUGGAAGAGGGUAGGGAAGGAAAACAGCCAGGCUUGGAAAGGUGGUUGAUCAUCCUCAUUCUUGGCUGUGUCUGGAUUUGUGUUGGUCUAGAAUGGGAUGGACUAUGGGAAGGAACAGCAGUGCUUAUUGCAGUACCUUGUUCCUGUCGUUCAUCAGCAAGUGAAGGGUUAGAGAUCCUCCUCCUGCCUGAUGGGAGAAAACCAGCAGAGCUCUACUAA